UCCGGCAAGCCGCCAUGCGGUAGCACUAAAACGCGUUAGGGUCAUUCUUCCCCCCACUCGUUCUGCGAAUACAGAAACGAAAAAAAAAGUAAACAACAUUUAUUGGAGGGAAAAGAGAUUCUAGAUUGGCCCGAAAAAUGAGCGUGGAGGAAGAAGUGUUUCGGAUCCAGAAGAAGAUGAGCAAGAUUUCGAUGGCCAGCGAUGGAACAGGACAGGAUCAGGCAUUGGACCUGCUGAAGGCCCUGCAAACGCUUAAUAUCAACCUGGACAUUCUGACCAAGACUCGCAUUGGGAUGACGGUGAAUGAACUGCGCAAAAGCAGCAAGGAUGACGAGGUUAUCGCUCUGGCCAAGACCCUCAUCAAGAACUGGAAGCGCUUCCUGGCCAGCCCGGGUCCCAGCACCCCGAACCACAGCUCCUCGAAGGAUGGCUCCUCGCAGAACAGCAGCAGCAGCAACAACAGCAGCAGUGCCGCCAAAUCCUCUAGUGCCGCCAAGUCGUCCUCCUCCUCCUCCUCCGCCAAGGACAAGGACAAGUCCAGCAGCAGCAGCUCCUCCUCCUCCAAGGACAAGGAGAAGAAGUCCUCCUCACAAUCCUCGUUUCCCUCGGGCGGCAUGACGGAUGCAGUGCGCCUCAAGUGCCGCGAAAUGCUGGCGGCUGCCCUGAAAAUCGGCGAAGUGCCCGAGGGAUGCGGCGAACCGGAGGAAAUGGCCGCCGAACUGGAGGAUGCCAUCUACUCGGAGUUCAAGAACACCGAUAUGAAGUACAAGAAUCGCAUUCGGUCGCGCGUGGCCAAUCUAAAGGAUCUGAAGAAUCCGGGGCUGCGUGGAAACUUCAUGUGCGGCGCCGUGACCGCCAAGCAGCUGGCCAAAAUGACGCCCGAGGAGAUGGCCAGCGAUGAGAUGAAGAAGCUGCGCGAAAAGUUCGUCAAGGAGGCCAUCAACGAUGCCCAGCUGGCCACCGUUCAGGGCACAAAGACGGAUCUCCUCAAGUGCGCCAAGUGCAAGAAGCGCAACUGCACCUACAAUCAGCUGCAGACGCGUUCCGCCGACGAACCUAUGACCACCUUUGUCAUGUGCAACGAGUGCGGCAACCGAUGGAAGUUCUGCUAACUCCGGGGAGGCCCUUAAACAGUUCCAAAAACACCAGCACUCCCAGCACCCUUCAUAUUCUUAUAAAACAUUGUAAAGACACGAGAGAAACCACACACACAUUUUGUAUCUGCUGCCCCACAAAAGCGGUGGCGCUUACUCUGACCACCUAAAAACCCAAAUGAAAAUAAAUUUCAAUAAACAUUAACUAUUGAUAAAACGGA